CGUCUGGUGCAAUCCGUCAAAAAAGCAAAAAAGUGAACGGCAAUCCGGACGGAGAACGGUACAACUCGGUCGGUGGUGGUGCGUUGAGCAAGGACGUCGGUCGGAUAGAGCACUUUGGCGAGCUGUUUUGCGAGAGCUCAGUCGUGGAGAUUUCGCGAGUUGGGUUGGACGCAGAAAGGUAGUAAGCAAGCAGUACAGCAGCAACGUUGGUGUCUGCCGGGAGUGCCAGUGAAUUUCUAGUGUCGCAAGCAACAAGGCCACAUCGAAAAAAAAAUCCCUUCACUUCUGAGCCAACUUUGCCAGAUAUCUACCAGUUCCCCUGUGCUAGCCCGGUGUGUGGUGAAACAAAGAGAAGCAAGGGACGGCCCACCAUAUCUGUGGGAAUAUUUACCUACAUUACAUCGAAAAGGCUGUUUUUGAUUCGUCCAGUGUUUAGUGAUUGACCCUGAAAGCAUUUUUCUCGACGCAAGAACCAAAGCAAGCAGAGUAAAGUGUUUGUCUGAAAAUUGCAGAGAAGUGCUCCUCGCAAGUGCAUGCUGUAAUCAUCUCAGUAGCCUGUACAGAGAACGAGACGGGUCUAGGAAGGCAGAAAGAAGACGGAGCAAGUUCAACUUUUCAUCCACAGUAGGCGCAGAAAUAAGAGCCAUUCGCCAUGGACCAUUCGGAGCAUCACGACUACAGUCACCGCAUGAACCACUCCACAGACUCCGAUAUGAUGCACCACGGGCACGAAGGCCACCAUGGUUCUAUGGAGCACAGUCUUCAGGAUCACACGAUGGAUCAAGGAGCAGCGGGGCAUGCCGGUGGGGCACAUGCUGGACACGCAGGCAUGGUACACCACAUGAUGUCCAUGGCGUUCCACGGUGGCUACAACGAAACCAUCCUGUUCGAGCAAUGGAAAAUCGACAGCCUGUCCGGGCUGCUGUGGUCUAUGCUGUUGAUCUUCAUCAUGGCCGCCCUCUACGAAGGACUCAAAUACUACAGAGAACACCUGUUCUGGAAAACCUACAACGCACUCCAGUACCGGCCCGUUACAGUGACAGAGAAAAGCCCCGGUAACGGGAAUGUUGCCAACAACAACGGUCUCGCGACGAACGGUGGCGGUGACGAAGCUUCCCGAGUGGUCCACAUGGUCGGCGAAGUGAUCCACAAGCAACCCAGGCCCACGAUGCUGUCGACGAUGCACCUGUUCCAGACGUUCCUACAUAUCCUCCAGGUGACCCUGAGCUUCCUGUUGAUGCUGAUCUUCAUGACCUACAACACGUGGCUGUGCGUGGCCGUCGUGCUGGGUGCUGCCCUCGGGUAUUUCCUGUUCGGGUGGAAAAAGUCGGUAAUCGUUGACGUUACCGAGCACUGCCACUAGCAGCCCGGAUGCCACCUAACGUUAGCCAGAGCCACCCUGCAUCGCCGAACGACACCGGCACUCGAUGCGACCGCACUGUUUUAAUAUUCUUCGUCUUCUUUCGGUCACUACAAGGAAUUACAUGCACAACAUCAGAGGUAAGGAUACCCCGAUUAAGGUCACGCGCAUGUGUUUCAAGAGGAUAGAUUUUCGCACCGAACGACCUGCGGCUUUUUGGUGGGUGGCCUAGCUUGUACCUACACGGGAUGUUUGAGAGAGAAUUUGGUCGUGCAGUAGUAGAGCGUGCAAGGUGUGUGUAAACGGAAACUCAUCAAAACAUUUUUUUAUAUUGAUUCUUAGAAAGAUUUAGUGCUGAUAAAAGACUUUAAGAAGCGUUCAAGUUUUAGCUGGUUCAGUCCAGAUAGGUAGUUGUUUUGAUUUCCAGUUUUUUUUUUCGUUUUUUAAUAGCUAUUAUACGGAUAGAUGAUUCUCAAACUAUACAGAAAAAGAACAAACAUAUUAUGCCGCGGAAAUAACAACUUGUCAACAAGUAACACGAUCACAGCGGACGCCAACUGUAAAUUGGCCUCAAAAAAUGUACCAUAUUUGUGUAAAAUCAAAAGCAUGUAACAGAGCUAUGUGUAAAGGCUUAACUGUGAGAAAUACAGGGUGUUUUUGAAACAAUCAACACCUAGCAUUGGAAUUGUGUUGUUGUGGUACGACGAACAUGGUCAAGAAGAUAACGAAUUUUGUAAAAACAUACCUUUUAGCCAUUUAAGGAAACAGAAUAUAUAAUAUUUUAUCCAUAGGCUAGUACGGUUACCUAUGCAGAAA